UAUUCUGAUGAAGAAGCAACCAAAAUGUAUGCAAAAUUAUUAAAAUUUCGUAACAAGCAAGCACCAUAUAAUAAUGAACUAAUUUGGAAUUCAGCUAUUUACCUUAAUCCUUCAACUUGGUUGUCUUCUUGGCCUUUAUCAGAACUUCAAAAACUUGCAAUUC